UUUGGAGAAUCAAAGGGAAAUGGGCAGGGAUGUACGGCGAUCUCGAUCGCCAUGGGGAAAUGGGCAGGGAUGUACGGCGAUCUCGAUCGCCAUGGGAAAAUGAAGAUCUCGACGCAGCGAGAUGGGGAAUCGUUGAAGGAAUAACUCACAGCGAUAGGGUAGGGGUGUACGGCAACAGAGAUGGAAUCCUCCGGUGCAAAGAACCGUACUCGUCCGACGAUUUCAGGGCCAACUCUGCGCCUAUCAGAUGGAAACAACUGCGGUCUUCCGCCACAAACAGGGGCAACGUUUCAGGUGGGAUUCUCCGGCGGCAAGGUUUCCGGCCUCGCUCGUCCGCUAGCUACAAGGACGUUACAGUUGGGCUCAUUCAGGAGGAGGAACUACAGCGGCGCCAGUCCGCUGACUACUGGGGUGAUACAUCCGCAGCACUUGUUCGGGGGUUCCAAGGUAGAAAACCCAAGUUUUCCCAAAACGUUUUCAGACCACAUUUGCUACAGGGCACCAACAACGAGGGUUUUGCCAGAAAUAGAGGUUUGGUUGAUUCUGUUAAGGUUGAAAGCAAACUUUUCUCUUUUCUACUCAUUAAUUCCUCUUUACAAAUCUCUGAAACAAAGAAGGAUUUUUGCUCUUCAAUUCUAUUCAAUCUUGAAACAACUAUAUGGCUUAGGGAUUCUUUACUGACGGUUGGAACAGGGAAUUGGUCAUUCACUCGAUUUGAGAAUGCUAGAUCAAUUAAAUUGUCUUAUGAACACAAUUAUUGUGGACGGUUUGUUCGGAUUAUGGAAAUUGGGAAUUCUGUUACCUCGUUGUGCAUUCCAGAAGGUCAGAAAAGGUCAGGUUUCUCUCUUUUUGAGUCCAAAAUCUCUCAAACUAUUAACAUCUUGAAAGAAAUUGAAAGAGAAAAUCCUAAUCUGACAUGUCAAUUUGAAACUCGAAAGGAAAAGAGUUUGGAUGAACUACAAAUGAAUAGAACAAAUCCCAAUAAUGCUGAUUUCUCCAUCUCUGACUUUUUGUUUCAAUCGGAUAUUGGUAACUUAACUUGGGAGGUUUCAUAUCAAUCUGAAAAGGUCACACCAAUUUUGGUUAUGGAUGAUCAGUUCAAACAUAUACAGUCUUCUUUGCUAGAGAUUGAUGGUGCAAUUCGGGAAUUAACUGAUAAAUGGGACCAACAUCAAGAUUUUUCUAAGGUUUUGAAGAAGACGCACAUGGAUGAUUCUGACAAGGUUUCUGAACAAAAAAAUACCCUAUCCAACUCUUCUUCCACUGAAUUUCUUCUCUUGCAGGAAUUUUUUGCUAAUACCAUAGAGGAAGGAAUGGUUAAUAGAGCAAUUUCGAAAGUUGGCGUUGAAAGUAUAGAAGAAUUCAUGCACGCUCUUGAUAAUGAUGGGGUAGGUCUAUAUUUUAUUUUCGAUGCUGCAGCAGAUUACCUAGCAGAAAAAUACUCAGACCGAUCCGCUACAGAAAAAUUUGUUUACUCGAUUCUGCAGAAAGUGGCCCCAGGUACUCUAGGUCUCACACGGAAAAAUUUUAAGGAGCUUCUGCGCGACUCAGGACCACACCAAAUUCUGAAGCAUAAACUACUCAAUGAUCACCCUAUCUACAAAGAAUCUCCUAUUUACAAGAAUGCACUUCUAGAACCCAAACAAGAGGAAGAAGAUGGUUUCACUUCAGUUGUCUCCAGGAAGGACAAAAAACGCAACGCCUCUUCGAUUAAGACUGUGCAAACUAGGUAUCAGUCUAAACGGGCAUAGAAUUUUUGCUUCUCGAGACUUCUUUUGGAUCCACGGUUAUAUUUGGCGUGAAUAAGUCUCAUCCUUCUUUUUCUCACCUUAUCUUUUGUACUUUCAUUUCAACAGCUCAUGUCUUUUAUUAUCGUGUGAUGAAAAAAAAAAGAUUUCUAUUUGGAUUUCCACCAUAUUCCC